UUAUAUAUGGGGGGAUUAUGGAAUUUAUUUAAUUUAUUUUGAAUAUGAUUGUAUAUUUAAUGGAUUCCAAAGUAUUCUUAAGAUAGUAUCAUUGACUUUAUAUUCACAUCGUAGACUUAUAAAUUUUAACUAUUUCUUAGUCGCAUAAUAACAAUUAUAACAAUGUCAUUAAUUUUAUUCACUUAUGUCUUGUAAUUAGACAUGUAUGCACAUCUAUACUACUUUUUUAAACUAAUGAAGAAAACCCGUAUUAUCUUUUGUACAAUAACAUCAGAAUGCCGUUUUUCAUUUUAGCCUUUCCGGCGGAAACAAAAAAAUCUUCAAAAAGACCAAAGAGGCUAUUUCACCAGUUAAAUGAUAUGAUAGUUGUACGUCGAUUUCAAUAUGUUCAUCAACUUGAUGAAAUAGAAACAAUAAACAACGACAAAAAGAUACGCAUAAUUAUUUUAAUAGGACAAACUGGUGCAGGCAAAACACAGUCAGCUUAUUGGGUUUGCAGGAAGGCUCAAAGCAAGUAUUCUGUAAUAGUGAAACUAUCUGCAUCGAACAGAGCAGAUUUUGUGACAUCUUUAAAAAAUUUCGCCAUUAAUCUCAAUCUUGGCUUGCCACAUGAAGAAGAUGACAUGAAAAUCAUAGAAUCAAUAUCUUCUACCAUUGUUACUUACUUGAAUAAUGUUUCAAAAGAAAGUGGUUUAAAGAAUAUGUUUUUGGUAUUAAUCGACGAUGUGCAUGUUGAUAAUGCAGUGAAUGAUUCAGAGACAACUCUGUCAAAAAUGGUAUCAAAAACAAUAUUACUGUUGAGUGAGGUAAACACUUUAAAGUUAAUUAUUACAACAACUAAUCCUAUGUUGUUUGACGAUUGUUGUUUAGAUUAUAAAGAAGUAAUAUUUGUAGGAAUGAUUCCUACAGAGUGUGUUUCGUUUCUGAAAAGGUCAGAACACUUCAAAGAGGAAACAAAUGAAGAUAUUGAAAACUUGAUAAAAAACAUUGGAUGUCUCCCAAUAACAAUUAAUUCUGCAAGAAAGUUUAUGAUCCAACAUAAAAUGCAUAUCAAGAAAUACAUCAAACUGUAUGAAAAGUUGAAAGAUGCAGAUAACGAAAAUAUCACCGAAGUUGUGAAUUGUCAAAAAAUACCUGUAGAGUAUAUAAAGAAUGGUCUCGACGGUCCUUCGUGGGAAGUAAUUACGUUAUUGCCAUACUUAGACUAUAAUUCCAUACACCAAGAAUUAGUAGAAGCUUGUUGUCAUCAUAUUUGUAAGGAUGAGACAAAGGCAGAAAUAAUCAUUGGUAGAUUUCGAGAGUAUUCAUUGUGUCAAUAUGAUAAAAUACCUAGAUUAAGGGUAUUUAGUACCGAUGAUAGUCAAGAGGAUAGGAUAAUAUCAUUUCACUCAGAGACAAUGCUAACAUUGAAAUUAAUUGACAAAAACCACAACAACAAAAAAACAACGGAUCGCCAUAAAUUAUUUGUCCUGCUCAAAAUGUUUUUUUUUUUAAAUAGAUCUUGA